AUGGCAACAUAUGGAAAGAUUGGAGAGUCUGACCCGGAGGCAGAUGACUGGCAGCAGUAUGUGGAACGGCUGGAAUUCUACUUUGCUGCAAAUAAAAUCACUGAGGCCGAACAAAAGCGGGCCAUCUUCCUGAGUGCGUGUGGAGGAAAAACGUACGCCACACUGAGAGACUUAUGUCAACCUGGUAAGCUGGGAGAUAGGUCCCUGACAGAUUUACUGAAACUGUUGACUGACCACUUUGCACAGAAACGCAGCAUUAUAGUGGGGAGAUUUAAGUUUCAUUCAAUAGUUAGAGAUCACGGCCAGUCAGUUGCUGCGUUUGUAGCUGAACUGAGGAGACUUUCUGAGCACUGUGCUUUCAGGACAACUUUGGAUGACAUGCUAAGAGAUAGACUGGCGUGUGGCAUUAAUGAUGACCACAUCCAACACCGGUUGCUUUCAGAACCAGAUACUAAAAUGACUUUGGAGAGGGCACUGGAAUUAGCGACAGCCAUGGAAACCGCCAUGAAAGAUGUAGCGCAGUUGCAGCAGAAAGCAGUAGACGAGGCGGUGCACAAAGUGCAGCCAGUGGCCUCGGACCAGAAGCCGCAUGUGACGUGUUUUAGAUGCGGAGGAACACACACACCGACGGACUGCCGUUUUGCAGAGGCAGUUUGCCAUAAUUGCCGCAAGAAAGGACAUUUGGCCAGAAAAUACCGCAGUGCGAGACAGCCCAAACAGAACAGAUUUAGCACACGAGGGGCAGCACACAUGUUGGAGGAAAACGAAGAGGAGCAGCCAGAAUACACUCACAUGCUGCACAAUCUGAGAGAAAAUAGAGUGGAGCCAUACAGAGAACAACUGUCAGUGAAUGGGCAUGAUGUCACAUUUGAAAUUGACACGGGGGCAGGCUUGAUGAUAGUGAAUGAGAGGACAUACAGGCAGAUAGGGUGUGGAAGACUCCAUCCUGCAAAAAUAAAACUGUACACCUACACAAGAGACAGAGUGGAUGUGUUAGGCAAGAUGUAUGCAAAUGUCAUCUACAAGGGACAGACGAAGCAGCUGCCUUUGCUGGUGGUUAAAGGGGAGGGCCCAAACCUAAUGGGGAGAGAUUGGCUCAAGGCAGUGAGACUAGACUGGACAGCCAUAUUCAAACUCCAAGUAGGACAUCAGCAAGAGUUGGAGGCUCUUCUCUCACAACACCAGGAGGUGUUUAAAGGUGAGCUAGGCACACUAGUUGGGGCUACAGCUAAAAUCUAUGUAGACCCAGAGGUCAAGCCUCGUUACUUUAAAGCUAGGCCCUUGCCAUAUGCACUCAAAGAGAAAGUUGAAAUUGAACUGACCAGGCUACAGAAUGAAGGUAUCUUAGAGCCUGUUAGCUUUGCUGAGUGGGCAGCCCCAAUAGUCCCCAUAGUCAAACCAGACAAAAGCAUAAGGAUAUGUGGUGACUAUAAAGUUACAGUGAAUCCGGUAUCAAUGCUGGAUAACUACCCAAUUCCAAAGACAGAAGACUUGCUGGCAGUGCUGGGAGGGGGGCAGAAGUUCACCAAACUGGACAUGUCUCAGGCUUACCAGCAGCUACCACUGGAGGAAAAUUCCAAGAGAUUCACAACAAUAAACACACAUCGUAGACUGUACCAGUACACCAGGCUGCCCUAUGGGGUGUCCUCAGCCCCAGGCAUUUUUCAGUUUACCAUGGACAACUUACUACAAGGGGUGGUGGUGCGAGUAGACGACAUACUUGUGACUGGAAAGGGCGAUGCUAACCAUCUGCAGAAUUUAGGGACAGUACUGUCCAGACUGAAUGCAGCAGGACUCCGUCUUAAGCGAGAGAACUGCAUUUUCAUGGCACCAGAGGUGGUGUAUCUGGGCUACAGAAUUAAUCAUGCAGGGAUUCAGCCAGUGGCAGACAAAGUUGAGGCUAGUGCAAAUGCAGCUGCACCGACAAACCAGACACAGCUGAAGUCAUUCCUGGGGAUGCUGAAUUAUUAUCAUCACUUCUUGCCUAACGUGGCCACUGUACUGGAGCCUCUGCAUGAACUCCUCAGAAAAGGAGUGCCAUGGAAAUGGGAGAAACGCCAUGGUAGUGCUUUUGACACAGCGAAAAAGUGUCUCCCGUCUGAGCAACUGUUGGUGCAUUUUGAUGACACAAAACCCCUCUACCUGUCCUGCGAUGCAUCCCCAUAUGGUGUGGGAGCGGUAUUAUCCCACCAGCUCCAAGACGGCACAGAUAGGCCCAUAGGAUACAUGUCACGGUCUUUGUCAUCAGUAGAACGUGGCUACUCUCAGCUGGAAAAGGAGGCUCUGGCGAUAAUAUUCGGCUUAAAAAAAUUCCACCAGUACCUGUUUGGAAAACAUUGUACCAUAGUCACAGACCACAAACCACUUCUGGGUCUUUUGGGAGAGCAUAAGGGCAUCCCACAGCAGGCGGCUGCCAGAAUGCAAAGAUGGGCAUUGAUACUCACUGCCUAUGAAUACACCUUGGAGUAUAAGGAGGGCUCAAAACAUGGAAAUGCUGAUGCAUUGAGCAGACUUCCUCUGCCGAGCUCUCCCAAGGCCACCCCCCGGGAGGGGGAGGUGGUGAUGCUUAUGGAACACAUGAAUGGCACACCGCUGCAGCUCAAGCAGAUCCGCGACUGGACCCGGAGAGACCGUGUACUGUCAAAAAUACAGCUGUGGCUGAUGCAAGGCUUGACAACAUGCACAGAUCCAGAGCUCCAGCCCUACAUAAGAUGACAGCAUGAGCUGAGCAUGGAGGAUGGGUGUAUACUGUGGGGUAGUAUGGUGGUAAUACCCCCUCAAGGAAGACAGACCAUGAUUGAAGAACUACAUGAGGCCCAUCCAGGAGCCUCAAGGAUGAAAAUGCUAGCUCCCAGCUAUGUGUGGUGGCCGAACAUGGACGCUGACCUGGAGGCAGCAGUGCGUAGAUGUCACGUUUGUCAGUCCAACGAAGCCUCUCCAGCUGCAGCACCGUUACAUCCAUGGGAGUGGCCCUCCCAACCAUGGAUGAGACUGCAUCUGGAUUUUUGCGGGCCAGUUUCAGGAAAAAUGUUUCUGAUUGUCAUUGAUGCCUACUCUAAGUGGAUUGAGGCUCAUCCAGUACAGGCCAUAACAUCUGCCGCUACCAUAGAAAAGUUACGAAGCAUCUUUGCCAUCCAUGGAAUACCGGCCGUUCUGGUCAGCGACAAUGGGCCUAGUCUGGUCAGUGCCGAAUUCAAACACUUCCUUACAAAGAAUGGCAUAAAGCAUGUAUCCACAGCACCUUAUCACCCAUCUUCAAAUGGCUGUGCAGAGCGUGCAGUACAGGUGUUCAAGGAAGGAAUCAAGAAGAUGGGGGAGAGGAGUGUGGAGACAAAGGUAUCCAGAUUCCUGUUUAAGUAUCGAUCAACCCCUCAGACCACAACUGGGGCCACACCAGCUGAGCUUCUCAUGAACAGGAGACUCAGGAGUCUGCUUGAUUUAGUUCGCCCUGCACUUGGAGACAAAGUGGGACAGAAACAGGCCACACAGAAAGAAUAUCACGAUAAGCAUGCCCGGGACAGAGUAUUCACAGAAUUGGACCAAGUUUACGUGAGAGGAUACUCGGAUCAGAAGUGGAUUCCUGCAACGCUCAUCAAGAGGACAGGGCCAGUUUCAUGGAGGGUGAAAACACAGGACGGAAAGGUGGCAAGACGGCAUCAGGACCAGAUCCGUCCUUGUUACGAUCAGGAAGGUAUGGAAGCCAGCUUUCAAGAAGAAAGUUUACCAGUAGACCUGGCACCUCCUGAACUGUCGGAUCCAGAGCCGGAGCCAGAGCAGCCGGCACCGGAGACAGGUGGCCCAGCGCCCCCUGAACAGUCUCUUGAGGAGGGACCACGUUUUCCAGUUAGAUUUAGGAAGGCACCCACUUAUCUUAAGGACUACGUCCUUCCAGGGGCACAAUAA